GGCUGCGGGUCGGGACUCUGGGGCGUCUCUGCCACAUUUUCCAAUAACCUCCUCCAGCCCCUAGACCGUCUUGGGGCUUCUGCCCCCUCCUUCGGGUACGAGAUCCUGGGACGAGGCUCUGAUCCGGGAUUAGGUGGCCCCUGGGGGGCAUACGUUCCCCUCCUGAGCAUGGCCUCUCAGACGAGCCUGUCCAGGGAUUAGUAUCUGAGUCCCCUGUUCACCUCCUGGUUCCGGCGGUCGGCCCCCGUCGUGUCCGACGGCUUUGUUUUCUCCAGGGCAGGCCAUGGGAGGGGGCCUCGCGGCGAUUGAGCCCUGACCCCAGCAGCUGCCCUGUCAUUAUCCGCGCCAAACAGGCGGCUCGCGCGGGGCUGAGUCACCAGGUGGCCACGGACCUGGAGGCCUUGGAGUGGGUGGUAUCCACCAGCGGGGACGCCCCUCCCCUCCACAGACGCCGCGGUUCUGUUGGGAGCCCAGAUUGCCUCCUCCCCUCAUGCCUAGGACAAGUUUUCAAGUGUGUACAUGGGGAGGCUGGGUUUGGAAGACUGGCGCGCGUCUUGUCCAUUCAACACUUAAAGGCUGCUUUGCGCCAGGGACUUGCGGAGGGCGGUAGAGGAGCGGGGGACACGAGGCAACCAGUGCUUAGCCUGUACCAGGUACCAUCCUCAUUUCUUGGCCUGAAUUAUGUCAUUUAAUUCUGCAGUUUGUAAUUCUGCAGUCUAGGAGGUGGAUACCUAGGUUAUCCGCGCCCCCCCCCCCCGCCCCCCAUUGUAUAGAUUGGAACUCUGAGGCUCAGUCACUUGCCCCGGAGUUCUAUACCUUGUAGGCAUCAGGCAGGUCAGUUCUAGGGUGUUCUCUCCUCAGACCUAGGUCAUCUGAACUCACGACUAGUUUCCUUCCUUCCCUCCUCCUUUUUCCUUUCUAUAUUCCUCUCUGUCUGUCUCCUCUUUCUUCCUCAGCACUUUCUGAACCUUUAUUGUGCAGCUGGUGUUUCCAGCCCUGAGAGUCCGUCACAGCUAGGGUGAAGGGAGGGGUGUGGGCUUUAAGAGCAGGAUUAGCUGAGGAAUGUGCUAAGCAUUCUUCAGGUAUGUGAAGGAGGGGGGGGCGGUGGGGUGACAGGUGUCAUCCAGCCAGCCUUUGCAAGACCUCUUUGAGAUGACAUGUUAGAACUCGGUCUCAGUGUCUCCUUUACCAGGCCCUCCAGGGGCAGAAGGACACUCCUCGGGGAAGAGACCACACGUGCGGAAGCCUGGAGGCCUGCAGCUUCCUUGGGAAGCUUCCUUGGGAAGCUUCCAUGGGAAGCAUCUCCGUGAUUCAGCUUGGGAUCCGAGAGAGGAACUUGGCUGCUUCUUGAACCCAAAGACCCUGAUCUGAAGUCCAGAGACACUGUUCCUGAAUUCUGGACACGUGCCCUCUGUGGUUCCAAGACACCCCUGCUGUGGUCCUUGUCAAACCUGUGGAUGCAGCCAAACUUUGUUGGAACCCCGGACAUCUGUUCUCACAGUGCUAUUUGACCAAGAGCGGCCAUGGUCUGGAAGAAACUGGGCUCCGGCAACUUCUCCAGCUGCCCCAACGGCUCCCUCGAGUGGAUAUGGGACGUGUUUGGCGAAUGCGCCCAGGACGGCUGGGACGAGGCCAGCGUGGGCCUGGGCUUGAUCUCCAUUCUCUGUUUUGCAGCAUCCACCUUCCCCCAGUACAUCAAGGCCUGCAAGACAGGCAACAUGGACCAGGCGCUGUCUCUGUGGUUCCUCCUGGGCUGGAUCGGUGGAGACUCCUGCAACCUCAUCGGCUCCUUCCUCGCCGACCAGCUGCCCCUGCAGACCUACACGGCGGUAUAUUACGUACUGGCGGACCUGCUGAUGCUGUCACUGUACUUUCAUUACAAAUUUAAGAAACGCCCCUCGCUGUUGUCUACCCCCAUCAAUUCUCUGCUCCUGUUCAUUUUGGCAAUGGUGUGUACCACCCCACUGCUGAGGAGUGCUGGCCCCGUGACUGCCCCGAGCGAAGUCUUCCGGGGGCGGACGCUUCUGUCAGUGGAGCCGGGCAGUAAGCCCUUCACUCGGCAGGAAAUCAUCGGCUUCGUCAUCGGCUCUGUCUCCAGCGUGCUGUACCUGCUCUCCCGGCUGCCUCAGAUCCGCACUAACUUCCUGAGGAAGUCGACCCAGGGGGUCUCCUAUUCGCUGUUCGCGUUGGUGAUGCUGGGGAACACGCUGUACGGGCUGAGCGUGCUGCUCAAGAACCCCGAGGUGGGUCAGAGUGAGGGCAGCUACCUGCUGCACCACCUGCCCUGGCUCGUGGGCAGCCUGGGCGUGCUGCUGCUGGACACCAUACCCCUCCAGAUUUCUAUCCAGUUCCUGGUGUACAGGAACACGGCCACCUCCGCAGAGCGCCAGCCCCUGCUCCACAGUUGACAGGGACCCAGGCCGAGCCCAGGACAAACCGGGACCUCCAGAUGCCACACCCAGGAAGGGACAGCUGUGGGCAGACACAGGGCUGCUGACCGUGGACUGGAUCGUGGAGGAGGCUGGGGGUGCCUUGAGCUCCCCACCCACCUCUGAAAUCUCUGGGCUGACUCCCGGGAGCCCCGACCGACUCUUCAGGGAGUGAGGAGUGAGAGGAGCACCAGGGCCAGUCCCCCACCCUCUUGGGACACACACCAGUGUCUGAGGCUUCUGUCCCUGGAAGCCUCGAGGAGGGCCUGCAGCCAAGACCUUGGCCUCCCAGAAGGCAGCUGGCGCCCACGAGCUCCCCUCCCUCCAUCUGUCUGCGUGCCCCCCGGAGCGGGGCGCAGGUGCAGCCGGGUGCAUCCGGGGCCAUCCUGGUGACUCCGGAAGCCCAGUAAAUGGUACCUCCCAGCGAGGCCUCUUUCUGUCCUCAUUCCUGAGGUGCUGGGGUCUGGGUUGCUCUGGGUGACAGCGGUGGAUGGUGAUCCGGGCCCCAGCUGCCGGGUCUCAGGUGGGGGCCUAAAGGUCCGGAUGUGGCAGAGCCGAGCAGGAGCAGAUCGCCCAGCCUCCUGGGGACCUCUGGUUUUCUCACCUGCUUCUCAUGGUGGGGACACAGCAGCGAGGACGAUGCUCUGACAAGGUCCCGGCUCCUCUGUGCUCAGGAAGAAGCAGAAUAGUUAGGUUCAGACCUUGGUUCUGCAUCUUAAGCUUGUCUGCGCCUGUUACCUCAUCUGUGAAGUGGGAUGACGACAUUACCAUUUUGUAUUUCCUUCCAGGAUGGCGUAAUUAACGGAGGUUAGCCCCAAAGUCUGGCAUGUAGUAAGAGCCUAAUAAAGCUUAGCUUUGGUAAUUUUCGGUUGGAGGAGAGGCACAUCCCAGAUCUCCCUGCAGGUCAGGGAGACCUUCCUGGAGGAGGCGACAUGCAGAAAAUGAGCAGGGGAUAACGGGGAGAGGUGGGGAAUGUUGCAGGGAGCAGGAAGGAGGUGAAAGAACAAUGGGGAGGGAGGCGAGGAGGGCAGGGCCCAGCCGUGAGCUCUGGGUCUGGACCCCAACCUCAGUUUGUCUCCCAGAUCCCAUUCUGAGGCCUCCUUCUUACUGGCCAUGACCCUGUGGGUGCCUGAGGGCCCGUCAGGGAGAGAAUCUAGGUCUCAGCCUCUCCGAAUCUCCUCUUCCUGCCCCGGGGACAGAAAGGAGUCCGGCAGUGGCGCCCACCGCCUCUGUCGAGAGGGACUGCCACUGCCCCAAUUUGUUGUGACAUGUAUUUGCCGAGUGCUGCCUCCACUGGCCAUACUGUGUGGGGUGUCAGGGACGGGGGUGAACCAGCUCUGGUCCUCGCCAUGAAGGAGGGAAGACGGCUGCCGGGCCCUGGUGGUAAUAAGGGCUUUGACCGGAAGGUACAAAGCGCCGGAAGAAUGAGGAGACUCAACAGGAAAGGCUUCGUGGAGGAGAGGCCCUGGGGCUGAAUCUUGAAGGCAGAGGAAAGUCGGGAAAGGGCUACAGCGUGUGCACAGGCCUGGCAUUGAGCGUCUGGGCUGCUCCCAAGAUGGGGCCGCUUACGAAGAGCCUUGAAAGCCAGACUGACCGUAGACAGGGUCGUGGGGACAGGGACAGGCAGCAGGUGGCCUGGGUGUGGCCAGGGGAGAGAAGGCAGGAAUUGGGGUCUGGGGAGACCGCGAAGGGGCAUCUCAGGCUCAGGU